AUGGUACUCGCCCAGUAUCUGAAGAAGGUCGUUGGCUGGAUCGCUCCUCCUCCGAAAAAAUCGGAAGAUGGACGUGAUCAAUGGCCCUCCCGAGCGGCUUUCCUGCUGGCCGCCAUGGGAGGCUGCGCCGGUCAGGGAAAUCUGUUGCGAUACCCCUCGGUGGUCUACAAUAACUACGGACUGCAAUGGUUUAUCCCGUACCUGUUGGCCGUGUUCGCCAUCGCCAUUCCGGCCCUUAUUCUCGAGAUUGCGAUUGGACAAGCCUAUCGUGGCGGGACAGUGAUCGCGUUCAAUAAUAUCAACCAUCGGCUGAAAGGCGUUGGCAUGGGCCCGAUUUUGAUCAGUUUUGUCGUCGUGCAAUACUUUACGGUCAACUUGGCGUGGAUCAUGAACUAUUUCCGCAACUCCUUCCGGAGCCCACUGCCAUGGGAGGGCAGAAUCGAGGAAUUCUACAUGGGCAAUGUCGUCGCCAAUGUGGAUCCUGUCGUGGGCAAUCUCACUGCUGGCAAUGGCGCCGUUGCCCACUAUACCGUAUACCCCGGUGUUGCCCUUAUUGGUGAGACAGUCGGCUGGAGCGCCUUCAUAUGGUUUCUCAUAUGGAUUUCCAUCUUCCGUGGAGUGGGCCUGACGGGUCGCGUCGUCUACUGGACGAUGGGUCUGCCGAUUGUCACCACCAUUAUUAUCGUCGGUCGCGCCUGUUCACUGGAAAAUGCGAGUGAGGGUGUCCGACUCUUAUGGGCGACAUGGAGAAGUGACCAACUAGCCUCGGGAACUGUCUGGCAAACCGCUGUCGGACAGGUCUUUUUUUCCACCGGCAUUGGUUUCGGUUAUUUCACUUCCUACGCUUCCUAUAACUCCAAACACUCCAAUGCCGUCAUGGACGCGAUUCUCAUCUGCGGAAGUAACAUCCUGUUUGAAAACGUUGCUGCAUUUGCCGUAUUUGGUGUUGUAGGCUACCUUCGACGUUGGCCACAGGAUGGCGAGAGAUUGGGUGCAUUCGUGGUCGGUUUCCUGACACUUCCCGAGGCUGUGCUUCACAUGCCCGGUGCGAAUUGGUGGGCUUUCCUUCUAUUCUUUACCCUGGUUGUUCUCGGGUUUAGUUCGGCCUUUGUGAUGCUCGACGCGGUAGCUACAUUGGCUGUGGAUUCGGGCGUGAAGAUGUCACGUCCGAUGAUUGUGACCAGCCUCACAAUAAUAUCAUUCCUUAUGUGUUUGCCAUACUGCACCCAAUUUGGAUUCUACCUGCUGGAUGGAAUCGACCGAUGGAUUAACAAUGUGGCCUUGAUCUUUGUUGUGUGGUCAGAGCUUGUCGGUGCAACCACCGUUUAUCGCUGGCACGACGUGGUGAGCCAGACAGGGCUGCCUGCUUUUGCUAUGUAUAAUUUCGGAUACUUUGGUGGCCAGAUUGUUGGAGUUGCCGUCGCACAUGGUACCUCGAAUCCGGCAGCUGGCGCUGGCGCCGGGUUUGGGUUGUAUAUCGGCUGUUCAAUUAUUUCCGUGCUCAUCGCCACGGACCUGAGUAUCAAAGCCGCCAGCUUCUGGGGACAGAACCCUCUUCUCGGUCGAUUUUGGUAUCUAGCUUUCUACUCUGGUAAUCAACUAAGACGCGACCUGAACGGCGUCGUUGGUGGUAAUGGAAACUGGAACAUACCUCGUUUCUGGCCCAUUCUACUCCGGUAUGUCAGCGCACCUAUUCUGGCGAUUGUGUUCAGCUUCGCAUAUCCUGAAUUCUAUACCCUGCGAUACGACCCAAUGAUGAUCGCCGGAUUUAUUCUGGCGCACUUUUGUUUGCUCCUGAUUCUGCUCGGUUUGGUGUUUCCGCGAUACUACAAUGUCUUUAUUCCACCUCACCGGAGGGCCGAGGGCACCGAAGUGACGACUGCCAAUCAGCCCAAAGAACAGGACUUUGUCCCAGAUGUUGGGGUGUUUGACUUUGAAUCAGGCAUGCCAGAGUCGAUUUCGGGCCGGAAGUGUUCUGAUAGGAUAAAUACUGAACCUUCGAUGGCGGUGCCGAAGCUAUAG